AUGCAUCUAAUUCAUAUAAUUUGUAUUUCAGUGAACUUUACUACAUCUCCUGAACUUCAAGCAGUGUUGCUUGACGUAUUAGAUAAACACCUGUGUGACAAUCUGCUGCGGCCAUCAUGUAACAGGCAUUGGUGCGGCCUACAGGACAACCAGUUAUGUGCUGGAAUCUUAGCAGGAGGUGCAGAUGCUUGUCAGGGUGACUCAGGAGGACCCUUGCAAAUGGAAAUUUCUCUUCCGCAAAUUGACACCAAUUGUGCGUCCACAAGCUCAUGCAGGCGAAUGCACCAAAUCAUCGGCGUGACGUCAUUCGGCGUCGGGUGUGCAUUGCCUAAAUUACCGGGAAUCUAUACCAGAGUCUCCAGCUUCCUAGAUUGGAUUGAAGACAUCGAAGAAGACGAAAAAUGGGUUUGGGGCGACAUGACAAAUAAAAAGGCGAAAGAAAGUCUUACACGACGACUAAAUAGCGAACCGUGUGAACCACCUCCGAAAAUGCCUGACUUUAGAAAAACAGGACGUAGGAUUAGUUACGUGAAAUGUUUGGAAUAUAUUUGGGACAUUAAAGAAAGAGAAGAGAAACAUAAAAGAGAACUUGAGUGGUGCCAUCGGUUGGAAAUCGGCGUCAGGUGGAGAUCGACAAUGGGUUUUCAAAUAAGGCGGUUCCCUCAUCAGCAAGAAGAAAGCGAUAAGCUUGGAUUUAAUGUAGCCCAUCGGGGUGCAGAUAUUUUAAGAAUUUUAAAUCAUCCUGACUACAAACCUCCAAAGAAGUACAACGAUAUAGCCAUCAUAGAAUUAAAGAAUGAAAUUCUUUUUACUAUUUUUGUACAACCAGCUUGUCUUUAUAGUGGUCCUGAUAGUGAAUUGAUUGGAAAAAAAGCUUACAUGACAGGGUGGGGCGUGGUAGAAACAGUCAACUAUACUACAUCACCUGAGCUUCAAGCAGUAUUGCUAGACAUAUUAGAUACUCCACUGUGUGACAAGGGUAAUUCAGGAGAUCCAUUACAAAUCGAAAUUUCCACAAGAAAAUCAAAACUUCUUCGUGCUUCAGAAGACACGUUAGGCCCUGCUAUAUCUGUAGUCGUCAACGGUAGAAAUAAACUUCAGGAAGUAAUACACUCCUUCAAAAUAAAACCAAAACAUUGA